UUUUUAUUAUCUUCAAAGUUUCUUUCUUUUGUCUUUGUCCAAUCCGUUCGGUUUUGGCAUUUGCUCUUUCCUUCCUCAAAUUCAGGCAAAGGAGAAGAGAAAUGUCGAUUUCAGCAACCGCCGCAGCUUCUAUCGCCGUCAAAACGUCGUCGUCUUCUCCAUCGAGGAGUUGUAAAUUUGCUCACUUUUCUUCUCUCCGGCUACCCACAGAGCUUCGAGUUUCCAGCCUUCGGAGCCAUAACCUCGGUACUAAUCCCCGCCGUCAGGCACUCACGCUGGUUGCAGCAAAGCAGCAGACAUAUUCUUCCUUUGAUGAUUUGUUGCAAAAGUCUGAUAAACCCGUGUUGGUCGACUUCUAUGCUACUUGGUGUGGUCCUUGCCAGUUCAUGGGUCCGAUUCUGGAUCAGGUCAGUGGAAAAUUGAUCGAUAAGAUCCAGGUGGUGAAAAUUGACACCGAGAAGUAUCCCAGCAUUGCCAACAAGUACAAGAUAGAGGCAUUACCAACUUUCAUUUUGUUUAAGGAUGGGGAACCGUAUGAUCGAUUUGUAAGUGACAUGAUGAGGGCGCAUUGGGUGCUGAGCAGCUUAUCCAACGCAUUGAGGCUUCACUGCAAGUUAAGAAGUAGUCGAAUUUCGGGGGAUAAUCAUGUGCCCUCUCAUGUAGUAAAGAUGGCUGAUUCUCGUGUUUGAUAUCUCUACGAAGCAGUUACUAAUGCUGGCUAUGUAUAAUCAUUUUUACUUUGGGAAAAUGAAUCUCAUAAUAGGGAGAACUAUUAAAGCAGUUGGAUAUUUUUUUUUUUUUUUUUNU